GGCGAGGGAGUAGUAUGAGAAGCGAUGGGAAUGCCCUAAUGCGAGUGACCGAAAGGCUUUCGACUGGAAGCUCGCACCCCCCGCCCCGCUCAAUCCAUCGCGCGGUGAACAACGGAGCGCUCCGCCCCGUCCCUCCGACCCGAACCUCACCUCCUUCAGAAAGGAGAAUGGAAACUGGGAUCAAGCGGAGACAGAAAACUAUCACUCACCGGCCGUAUUCUGACUAUAACAGUUCCGAUGAGCAGUCACUCACUUUUGACAGUUAUAUGAUUCCAGAAGAAGAUCUAGAAUUGGGUCAAUCACGUUUAUUAGAAGUGGACAAUAGAGUGGUUGUACCAGCCAAAACUCAUCUACGUAUUAUUGUAACAUCUGCUGAUGUACCUCAUAGUUGGGCUGUACCUUCCUCAGGUGUCAAAUGUGAUGCUGUACCUGGUCGUUUAAACCAAAUCUCUAUUUUGGUACAACGAGAAGGAGUUUACUAUGGUCAGUGCAGUGAGAUUUGUGGAACUAAUCAUGCCUUUACGCGUGCGCCCGGAAACAUAGGCCGACUGUUGAGCCCACUCUGGCUCAGCCGCACCACGGGGUGCGAGCCACCCGAGAAGCAAGCUAUUACAGCGAGCGGCUGGAGCUGUAGGGAGCCGAGGAGCAAGGCAGUAGAUAAGAUAGAAGAAGGGGCCAGGCACCCGGUGGAGCAGAGGGGACGGUUAGGA